ACAAAAGCAUUUUUUGUUGUUUUUACAACAAAAGGUUUUUACAAAAUCCACUUAUUGGAAAAAGAACGAAAAACAAAACUUUUGUUUUCAAAAAUCUCAAAAAAGAGACAAUUGAGAUAAAACAAAUCCAAAACAUUUUGUUGAUUUUUAAACAACAAAAAUCUGCACGUUUUGGGAAAUUAUUUUUGUACAUUUUCUAAACAGAAGAGAAAUCUUAUUGGAAAACGAUGAUACAUAAUUUUGUGGUGAAUUGGGAAAAAUCGGAAAUCCGACAAAUGCGUCCUGAUCCGAAUGUGCGCUGUGCUUGAGCGUGUGGUUAAUGUAUAUAAUGACUUUUUCUAUGAGAUGAACGUACUGUAUGUGAUUAUAAUUAUUAUUUUGUUUUAAUCACAUGUGACUCUUCAAACUUUCCCGAAGACGUCAGAAAAGUGGCGGUUGUUUCUCGACCAGGGUUUUCCUGUGAGACGUCUUCGGUUCCUCUUUCGCUUUCACCGCCGCUUGAUAAAACCCUCGAACGGCGGCUUGGACGCAUCUUUUUAUCCGAGUCGGCGAGUAUUUCCACCACCAUGACGAAUGCGCGUUACUGGAUUCUCCUCGCGUUGUUCGUGGCGAGCGAAACCGCUGACCUGAUGUCGGAUGCCGGGACAUCAGCCGAGCCUCCGGUCAAUCCCAACGUGCAUUGCUGGUGUGCAAAUUAUCCCAACGUCACCUUCUGCUCCUGGCUCGAACCCCAACACUCCCAACCUCUGCGCUACAUCGCUUCCUACAGUGAGAGACGCCAGCUGUCAAUCAGCAAGAGGUGUCAUCUCACCUCGUCCUCAUCCUCAUCCUCAUCAUCAUCAUCAUCAGUGCGGCUUUGGCACUGCCACCUGCCCGACUUGAAGCUGCUGACCGAUUACAUCCUCAACGUGACCACCUUGUCGUCUACGGGAAGCAGCAGCUCUCACCUCAGCAGCUUCAUGCUGGAGGACAUCGUGAAACCCGACCCCCCGGUGGACGUCAAGGUGUCCCCCCGCCGUGCCAGGAACGUGUUGAUGGAGUGGUCGCCCCCGCCGACGUGGACUCACCUGGACGUGGCGCCCCUCAAGUACCAGAUCCUGUACAACUGGGACCACAAGGGUCAAGCCAAGUCUGUCAGUCUGGGACCGUUGGAGAGCACCAGCGUGGAGCUGAAGGGUCUGAGCCCAGGAAGGAAGUACGCGUUUCAGGUGUGCGCGAAGGACCUGCUGGGUCUGGGCCAGUGUAGUCUCUGGAGCUCGCCCGUCACCAUCACUUUACCCACAAACAAAAUGUCAUGAGUCAACGGGUCGUGGUCAAGAUUCUGUUGAUUAAUUUUGCUAUUUAUUGCAAAACAGGUGGUGCCCUGAGAUAUAUUGAGUACCCUGAGUUUCAUUUAUUUAUUUAUCAUGUUAGUAAUUUAAAACACUCAUAUCUCAAAUCAUCUUUUCCCCUUGGAAGUGAAGGGGAAUGCCAUUCAUCUGUUCCAGCCCCCCCACACACAAAAAUAAAAAAAAUAA